AUGCCAGGGCUUCUGCUUCUUUCUGUACAUACCUGUAUAUAUAGGGACAAGCCCAUAGGCAGAACUCAACACCAUCGCAGAGCAGCUUCUCUCAUCUUCUAUCUCCAGAGAGCAAACGAAAAAACUUCAGCUUCCAACACAAUCAUGGCACCCCACCUCAGGUCCACGAGUGUGCCUUCCAGCCCUCGAUCCGGCGAAACCGAUGUCGAUCAACAGCUGCAUAGCCUAAACACAGCCACCGUCUCUCCCUUAUCAACAAUUGGGACAGUGUGUGUUGGGCUAAGGAGGCUUGGAGACAUCUAUGACUGCAUCGAUGAGCUCACAUGCUUGCCUAGCAGCCAAAUUCUCCUCUGCAAAACGCAGCAAAGGAUUUCUGUGGAGCAAGAGCUCGAGCGCUCCCUUAUCUUGCUUGACCUCUGCAAUGUCGUGCAAGUCAGCUUUUCCGAGCUCAAGGCAAGCGUCCAAGACAUGCAGUUGGUUAUCAAGAGAGGAGAAGAUGCAGCUCUUCAGGUCAAGAUUCAGUCUUGGUUUCACCAGAUUAAGAAAGUGCAAAAAACGCUCAAGAAGAACACCAAGAAGUCUUCUUCGGCUGAUCUGGAGAGCUGCAGAGUGGUCAGGUUGUUGACUGAAGCUAGAGAAGCCGCUGUCACAAUGAUUGGAUCCUCAAUGGAACUCCUGUCGAAGCAAAUUGCACCACCGAAUUCUAACAAGUGGGCUCUUGUGUCAAAGGCAUUCCAGAAGAAAAGAGUUAAUUGCGAAGAGGAGCAACUGCAGGUGCUGGAGUUGGACAUCGUUGAUCUUGAGAGUGGAGUUGAGACUUUGUUCAGGAGAUUGAUUCAGAGCAGAGUCUCUCUUCUAAAUAUUCUCAGUUUGUAG